UUAAAAUCUAAUAUACAAUCAUGUAAAGAUUAUUUAUAAAUAUUUAAUGUCUAGGAUUGAAUAUAAUUCGAAUUAAAAUAAUGACUCCGAUUGGUUGUAUUAUUACAGCGCGCGUAUCGUUAAUGUGAACCCCGGUGUUAAAUAUCAAAAUUUUUUUUAUGUACACAUACUUGAAUUGUUUACUCACAGCAUUACAUCAUCCGUAAUACGACACAGCUCUAGGUCUUGUAGUUAACUAUUAAAAUUCAAUCAGACGUUUUUUGAAUGCCACAAGCAUUCAAUACAAGUUUUACUUUAAUUAUCAAUCAACGAUUUGUACGUUAUUCUAAUUGCAAUUUAUUUCAAGAAAAUGUAUUUCGACGAUGACGAUUUUGUGCAAUUUAACGCAUUGUCAAUCGAUGAUUAUUCUGAGUACUCGCAUACUUCCUUCCGAAGCGUUUGGACCGAUAGAUCCAGAUUACAAGAAACUUCUAGUAAAAAUGUACGCAGAGAAUUUUUUCAUCAAAUUUUUCAAUGGAAUCCGUCAUGGGCUUUUGAUAAUCAGUAUAAAGAUGUUCCGCCUCCAAUUAUUGAUUCCAUAGAAAUGAAUCCUACAAAAUUAUUGUAUUCAACUUACGCUGAAUACCAGAAAAUUUACUUACCGUUUUUGAUAAGUGAAUUUUGGCCUACGUUACGUGAUGACAUUAUUGAGGAAGCGAAGAAAAAAAAAGAACCGCAAACUAUCACAGCCACUGUCAAAGAAAAUUCAUGUAAACAUUUACUACUUGAUAGCAAUGAUUCAUCUCGUAAAAUUACUCAAUUCAAAAUAACUGCAACAGUGCCUCGUUUAAAUAAACUUGAAGAUAAAUAUCCAAGUCGCGGGGAUUUAGUAAUCAUUGAACAUCCAGAUAAAACAAAUCAACAUUUUGCGUACAUAGAAGAAGUUGAUAGGAGCGGAAAUAGAUAUUGUUCGCAGACUACCUUGACUUAUAUUUUGAUAACAAAGUCUUGUUCUCAAUUUGAAUUGUCAGGUAGUUUGAAAUUUACUACCGUCACAUGGAUUUUGUCGUAUUUAACUCAAAUUGAUUCACUAGACUAUAUUCUUCAAUCACCUCUGAUUGAGUCAAUUUUAAAACCAAAUAUUGAUUCUUAUAGAAUCUCACCAACACUCAACACGGUUCCAAUUGUAACAAAGGAAGUUCUUAAUUCAAAACAGUUAGAAAUUAUAUCAAGAGUUGUAACUACAGUUGAAAACAGUACUCCUGGUAUAUGUUUAAUUCAAGGACCUCCGGGUACUGGUAAAUCAACAGUAAUUAAAAAUAUUAUUGCAUCUACAUUAAGUAGAAGAAAUACAGAAAGAAUUUUAGUAUGCGCUCCUUCAAAUAAAGCAAUAGAUGAAUUAGUGAUGAGAUUAUUAGAUAUACAACCGGAUAUGGAAGAUCAAAACAUUCCAUUUAAUAUUGUGCGAGUUGGUCGUGAAGACAAGAUUCAUAAAUCUGUUAAAAAAGUAUCGUUACUGAAUCUCAGAAAAAGCAGACUUGGAUAUGGCAGAGAACAAACUAUUGAAGAAACACUUCUUGUAUCUGCAAAUAUUAUUGCUUGCACUUUAACAUCUUGUUACACAAGCUAUCGAAUGAAAGCAGUAUUUGGAAAGAACAAAUUGAAAAUACCGUUUUGUAUAAUAGACGAAGCUGCACAGGCUACAGAAUUAUUAACAUUAGUGCCUUUAAUGUUUGAUAUUAACAGAUUGAUUUUAGUCGGAGAUCCCCAACAACUGCCUCCGACUAUACUGUCGCAGAAAGCAAAAGAAUACGGAUAUGAUGAAUCACUUUUUGGAAGAGCUCAAAAAGUCUUUGAAAGUGAAUCAACAAAACCGAUAGUGAUAUUGGACACCCAAUAUCGUAUGGUUGAUGCUAUUUCCCAAUGGCCUAAUAAUUAUUUCUACAAAGGCGCUAUAAAAAAUGCAGCCUCUGUCGCACCAUUAAACUUUUGUAAUUACAAAGUAUUUAAUCACUCAUACUGUCAAGAUUCUGACGGGCAUUCAAAUCCAAUUGAAGCAGUAUUGGUAGCUAAUUUAGUUAAGGUGCUAUUGGAAAAAAGAAAAUUAAUAAAGUCAGACAAAGAAAUCAGUAUUGGUGUUAUUACUCCUUAUCAAAAGCAACGUAAAUUAAUAAAUCAAUUAUUAAAUCCACCUGAAAAAAAGAAAAUAUUACAGAAGAAAGGUACUGAGAGUAAUGAUGGUCUGGAUAAAAAAAACGAUGAUUUGGACAAAGAAAAUACUGGUGAUAAAGCUGGUGAUUGUGAUGAUAAAAAAGGAAAAGAAGAUAAAAAUGAAAACAAGGAAAAAAAAGUUGAUGCUGUUAAACCGAAUAAAAUUGAAGUUAAUACAGUAGACAGUUUUCAGGGGUCAGAAUGCGAUGUCAUAAUUAUGUCUUGCGUCAGAUCCAACGGGAUUGGUUUUGUAAAAGAUCCUAAUCGACUCUGUGUUAGUUUAACGCGAGCGAAACACAGUUUAAUACUCUGUGGCAACUUUAGCACAUUCAGAAUCAAUGAUAUGUGGCAGAAUCUUUUGGAUGACGCUCAGUCACGUGGUGUUUAUUUUAACGUUUCAAACGAUGAAUUAAAAGCAAUCACGAAUCACUUAGUCGUUGAUCGUACUCAUGCUUUAUUUUAAAAUUUGUAUUUAAUUUUUUUAUUAAUACUAUCAUAUAUUUUUCUUUCAAAGAUGAUAUUUUACCCUUCUUUUCUAUUACAUAUUUAAAAGAUACAUCAUCGUACUGAGUUGUAUUGUUUAUGUUUUCAAUUACAACAUAUAAAUUAACCAAAUAUCAAUUGAUUUACAAAUUAUUCAUAUCACAAUUAUCCUAAUAAAUUAUACAUAAACUCAUUAAUAAUUUUUUUUCAAUUUAUAAAAAUUACUACGUCUGUUUUUCAUCAUUUUACUUUACAUCAACGCGCAAGGUUAGACUCCGAUGGACAGUACAGAUCCCGCUGGCUGAAACUCUGAGUUGGACUACUGACAAAACGGCGCUUAAACUCAAGAAUUUUUAAUACAUUUAUUUUAUAUAUUAAUAUUUAUAUAAUCAUAUGACAAACGAGUUUUCUCAUUACAUAUUUUCAUUUACAUUUAGCGAUAAUUAGUCAGCUAAAAAUAAAUGUUUAUUUCAA